AUGGAGGAGAAAGGUGGGGGAGAUGAGGGGGGACUAGGGUAUAAGGAGGUGUUGGAGGGGAGCAGUUCCAGAGACCUAGGACUCAGCCACCUACGUCGACCAGGAUCCUGUGACCAGCUUGUCCAGUGGAGAUGGCUCCAGAGAAACUCAUUCUUUCUUUUUCCAGGUACUCGAGCCUCUCUGUUGCUUCUCAUCACUUUCACCUUGCUGGGGCCACAGAGGGCUGGUGCUUUCCCAGCCAUGCCUCUGUCUAGCCUCUUUGCCAAUGCUGUGCUUCGUGCUCAGCAUCUGCACCAGCUGGUUGCUGACACAUACAAGGAGUUUGAGCGUACAUACAUUCCAGAGGCACAGAGACAUUCCAUCCAGAGUACCCAGACAGCUUUCUGUUUCUCUGAGACCAUCCCAGCUCCUACUGGCAAGGAUGAGGCCCAGCAGAGAUCUGAUGUGGAAUUGCUUCGUUUUUCCCUUCUCCUUAUCCAAUCGUGGCUCAGCCCUGUGCAGUUCCUCAGCAGGGUCUUCACCAACAGCCUGGUCUUCGGUACCUCAGACCGGGUCUAUGAGAAGCUGAGGGACCUGGAAGAAGGGAUCCAGGCUCUCAUGCAGGAGCUGGAGGAUGGCAGCUCAAGGGGUGGCCUGGUCCUCAAGACAACCUAUGACAAAUUUGACACCAACCUACGCAGUGAUGAGGCACUGCUCAAGAAUUAUGGGCUGCUCUCCUGCUUCAAGAAGGACCUGCACAAAGCCGAGACCUACCUCCGGGUCAUGAAGUGCCGCCGUUUUGUGGAGAGCAGCUGUGCCUUCUGAUGGUCCUUGGCUGCAUCCAUGGCACUGCCCCUUCUUGGAGGAUGACAGGGCCACCUCCACCUAACAUGCCUUUCCACUGAGAAAAUAAAAUUGCAUAAACAUAACUGCAUUUUGUUGCAUCACUGGAGUGGGGUGGGGUGGGGUGGGGAUGGUGGUAGUUAAAUGGAAAUGAUCUAAGGGCCCACUUGUGUCUAAGGCAGAGUAUACUCCAGCUUCUCUAGCUUCUAAAGUGGUCUAAAGUCUGGGUGACCUGUUUGGGGACUCAGGAAAAAGUUCUUUAAUCCUUUCCCGCUCUCCCCAUUUCUGCUAUAUCAUUCUACCAACACCAUUCUCCUAACCCUAUUCCCUAUGUGGCCUACAUCCCAUUUACCCAAUCAGCCACGGGCCUAGAGAAACUCACCUCCAACCCAAUCAUCUUCAUUCCUAAGAUCCUCAGACGAGGGGCAAGGGAGAGAAAAGAACAGAAGAUAAAGAAGAAGACACCAGAAGUUGACAAAACCAUGAACUCCCACAAGAGCAGGGUAGUGAUAUAUACCUAUGAUGAUAUGCAUGAGAACAAAACAUCUAGGAAUAAUGAUCACAGCCUUUCCUUUGGAGGGAAGAAUUUGA